UAGCCGAGAAGUGUUCUGGUGCCAGGAACUGAGAAGCAAUACGGAGACUGAAGGGGGAAACCUGGAGGGAAUCAGAGACUUGUACCAAACUGCAGGAAUCACAUUGGAUAGAUAAAGUUGCCGCUUAGCUAUGGCUACAAAGACAUAAGUGUGAGAGCGGACGCUUUACAAAUAUGUUGGAUGGCUGAGGUUCAGCGAGAUAGCUAGCUAGCAGCUCCGGGACUCACUCAUCGAAGUUUGGCUCAAGAAGUUUCCAACGACACGGCUAGCCACUAAAGGUAGCACCGGGGCCUCUCCCUCUACACAGGCCGACACUACAAAGACAGGAAACAUGGUGUCCUGGAUGAUUUCGAGAAGCGUCGUGCUGCUGUUUGGGACCUUGUAUCCUGCAUACUACUCCUACAAAGCUGUCAAGACCAAAAAUGUCAAGGAAUAUGUCCGAUGGAUGAUGUACUGGAUCGUGUUUGCCCUCUACACUGUGGUGGAGACCAUCACUGACCUCACGCUGGCAUGGUUUCCUCUGUACUACGAGCUCAAGAUAGCCUUUGUGAUCUGGCUGCUGUCUCCUUACACCAGAGGAGCAAGCCUCAUUUACAGAAAGUGUCUGCACCCGCUGCUGUCUUCCAGAGAGAGGGAAAUAGAUGAUUAUAUUGUGCAGGCCAAGGAGAGGAGCUAUGAAACCAUGGUGAACUUUGGGAAGCAGGGGCUGAGCAUCGCUGCUACUGCUGCCGUCACUGCCGCUGUCAAGGGUCAGGGUGCCAUCACAGAGAAGCUGCGUAGCCUCAGUAUGCAUGACCUCACACAGAUAAACCAGCAGGAUGACCGAGGAAACCAGCUCUACCAGUACAGCUCCCAGUCGGCCAACCCAGCCAUCAGGAGGUCCCAGAGCACUGACGCUGCUGACGGAGCAGAGUACUAUUAUGACCAGGAGGAAAGGACAGAUGAGGAGACUGAGCCCACCUUCUCUGAAGACGAGGCUGUCAGUCAGAGAGGACUGAGACGAUCUCAGAGUGUCAAGAUCGCUCGAUCUAGAGUCCGCAAAGACGCUCGUUAUGGAUCCUUGAAGAUUAAAGGCAAGAAGAGACCAGCACUGAGCUCUGCUACCUAUGGAAUGUGACAAGACUCACACUCACACUCACACACACUCACACCACACACCACAGACACACACACACACACACACACACGCCACAGAGAUUUCUGCUGAUUGGUGGAUGGUAUAGUCAGCCAGUACUGCGGCUCUUGUCGGUCUGACUUCUCCCUCCACUGAACUCUUUUAUCUCUUUUUAUAAUGAGCUUUCUGCUGACAUAUUUAUGACCUGAUACAUCCACAACCAGAGACUCUGGAGACAUUUUACUCUCAGAGAACCUUGAUGUGUGUGUGGGGUUUUUUGGGGUUUUUUUUGGCAUACAUUAUGUUUGUUGCAUGGGCUUGUGUGUUUUUAUUUGUUUUUUUUAUUAGAAGUAGUAUUAUCAUUUUUAGGUGUGAUGUUAUGUAUGUAUAGUGUUUUAGAUCCAUCUUUUAGUAAUUUCAUACAAGUGUUGUGGUAUCACUCUCUAUGAAGGCUUUAUAAGCUGUAACUGAUGGCUCUAUUAAUCAGUCACCAUCAGUUAUACAUCAUUCAUUAGAACACAUUUAAGCUGCCAGGUUGUUAGAAAUACUAAUCAAUCAGCUGAUCAACAACUAUUAUCUCAACUAUUUUCAUCAUUAAUUCAUAGUUUUUAAUUAUAAUUUUGACAAACAUUCCCAAGUUGUGUUUUUUCUUUCUCUUAUGUGCUGAUAAAUUGAUCAUCUUGGGUUUUCUAACGAAACCAUUAAACCAUUCUUUGAGAAACAUCUGUAGAUGUAUUGAUAAUGAAUACUUUACUGGCUGUUAGGAGACAAAAAGGGUAGUAAACAUUAUCAUUCAUUUGGAGUUAUGUUUCUGGUGUUCCAACAUUCACUCUCUCAUUACUUUACAGUACACACACCUUUUGAAAGAAAAAAGAAAAAAAGUCCCAUUCUUUGUCUUACAUAUGAAAC